AUGAAACCAUCUAAACUGCAAGAUCAUCUGAGAAGAUGCCACCCUGAUAAAACAGAGAAAGAUUUGAAAUACUUUCAAACACUCAAAGAUAAAUUUCAGAAGAGACCUAAACUGGACAGAAUGUUCGCUUCGACGUCACAAAGAAAUGAUGAUGGUUUGCGGGCGUCUUACAAUACCUCGUUACUUAUAGCAAAAUCCGGAGAACCGCAUACUAUCGGAGAGAAGUUAAUUUUGCCAGCCGUUGAAGAGGUUUUAAAAACUGUUUAA